GCGCAGCUCAGAGAUCACUAGUGCGCCGUGACUGUAUUCGACACCACGUACUGGACCAACAUGAAGUGUGCCAUAGUCCUCCUCGCCUGCCUGGCGGCUAGCCAAGCCGACGACCUAGCCUCCGCCGCCGGUCAAAUCUUCAACAAUAUACUUCCCAAUCUCAUCAAAAACCAGGCGACUUCUAGUGACGGAAACAGCGCCCAAAACACUCUUCAACAAAUCGGCACUGUUGUCGGCGGUGUAGUGGAUUAUGCCAAAACAAAGAGCUAUGAAGACCUUCUCAAAACAGUGCAGGACUCCACGACCGAUGAAGACUUGGUACGAGUCAGCGAAGAGAUGUUCAACGCAGAUAUCAAUAACGCAUUCAACUACAUCCAAGUGAACCUGCAGGGCCAAACCAGCCCCAUGUCUAAGGACGAUAAGGCACCAGCUAACCUCCUAGCUGUUAAUGAUAACGUUUGGAACGGACCAACUAUCAAACCAUUCGUCGCUCUUUUCGACAACUACCACAAGAAUGUCAUUAGGCCAGAGUUCGUCACCCCUAAUGAAGAGUCCGAGCAAACUACUUACAUCAACACUAUUUUAGCUACCGGACCUAUUAGAAGUCUUAUGUCCUUCCUAGUAAGCAAAGGUUUGACUCAGCUGAAUGAAUACCCGGAACAAGUAAACUUGUUGAAGAAGAUUUGGUUCACCAAGUACGCGCGCCACUGGACCGGCCUGUGCAAGUGCAGCUGUGCCUUCGAGAACAUCUUCAUGGCUGAACUCAAGUCCAAUGAUGUAUUAGGUCUGCAUAGUUGGUUGUUCUUUGCUAAGCGAGAACAAGAUCACAAAGCCAACUACCUAGGCUACGUCUCCAAACUUGACUUGGCUGGGAAAGGACUAAUUCUGAAGCAGCACUCCAUCCUCAGUGAAACGAAGGAUGCUCCCGAAGUGACCAUGUUCGUGGGAACCUCCCCCGAGCUCGAGACGGCCCUGUAUACCCUCUGCUUCAUGGCGCGCCCGGACGGACAGUGCAGGCUGCGUUACAACAACGUGCAGUUCACCAUUCAGACCAAGACUCUCAAGUCUGAAAACAUCAAGCUUAUAGACACCGCGUACCCAGUCUUCUAAGUGAUAGUCUUUAUUGCAGAUACUCUUAAGGCCGCAUU